UCCGAGACAGCGAGUUGCUGCCGAACACCGCCCGACCAAAGUCAACACCCCCCCUUGGGUCUGGAGUGGUUUUUCCGAAUUUCGAGACGUUCGUCACUGCAGUACUCACUGUUUGGCCCAUUGCUUGAAGUUCAGGCAAUCCCCGCCAAACAGUGAUGUUUGGAACCGACAGUGCCGACGUGUCACCGAGGACGACAAGUCCCCUGACGCGUUCUCACGAGUCGUUGCAUGCCGUCCAUGCACAGCACCAAUCUCCUUCGGCCACGAACCCCAAACUCGCUCCGUCACCGCUGAGCUCGGAAUACCAACCCAACGGGUCCCUGAACGGUGAUGCUUCCCUGCGUCAACCUCCGUCCGACUCGGCCAAGCUUGCUCCGCCGCAAGAUCCGACUCUCGCGGCAGUCUCGGAGCGUUUGAGAAAACAUCAGGCAUCGAACCCUCCGAACGGCAGGCUUCCUAAUGGAGGACUUUCGGCAGGUCCGUCAUCACAGCAACUGUCAAAUGAAGCUCGCAAGGGAAAAGAGCAGGAGUCCAUAAGGCAGGCAACAGAUCGCGCAAGCAAUCUCGAUCAUCUUUCAGCAGAGGAUGCAACUUCCCCAGGCCGGCGAAGUGUCCAGUUCGCUCGCCGCCCCGUAACUCCAAGACAGUCGACGGAGCGGCCACGAACAAGGCCCUCGAGUCGAGACGCGGAUUAUGCCAUUGCGGAAUCGCCAGAGUCUUCUCCAAAAGAAAGGAAAGGCUCGGCCUCCUUGUUUUCAAGAAUCAAGGCGUUUUCGCCGCCAUCUCUUCUACAAUCACAUGGAAGGAGCCCAAGUGGAUUUACCAUCGGUGAUGGUCUCAUUGACGAAAAUCCGACGCCAGCCCUCUCCCCAGCUUCUGAACGAUAUCCGAGUCGACCAAUGAGCCCCGUGACGGACGAAGGAAGUGAUGCGGAUGCCGAGGAGAGCGCCACAGAAGGCGCCUCUGGAACUGCGACGCCGCGAAGAAAUGGGCGAAGUCGAAGCCGUCGUGUUUCCUUUGACGGUCCGCAUACCGCCCCGACGACUCCCAAAGGACCAUCGCGUGACGGCACUCCCGCGGCCUCGCCCGUCGACUACUUCCGGCCAAGCUUCCUCCGAAGACGAGCUACCAUGACAGAUGUGCCAGAAUCAGAACGGCAGGGUGUAUCUGAAGAUGAGGGCCGCGAUCGACUCGGUAAAGGUGGCGCAUGGCGAAGGGGCAGCGCCUGGGUCCAUAUGGGUCGUGGCUUGAGUUACGCUGGUAACCGAAAACAAGAUGGCGAUGGCACAGAAGGCGGCGAGCCACGACGCCCAAGCAACUUUAGGCGUAUCACUGGCUUUGGCGGUGGUCAUUCCGACGCUCAGGAUGGCUCGCCUGCGGGCUGGCGAGGUCGCGCCGAGAGAGCCCCAAGCCUCAGUGCGCAAAAAUGGCGGCAACUGAAGGCCGGCUUGAAGAUGAUUGGACAAAAGAAGAAGGAAGAGAGCAAGAUUGAUUCAGCCAAAUCGGCUGAACUCCUCGCCGAAUUAACCGCCGGUAUCCCUGCCGCCCUCAUUUUUGCGAGCAUGUUCCAGAGGGACGAACACGGGCACAAGAGGAUCCCCAUCCUGUUGGAACAGCUCAAAGUUCGCAUCACGGACAGCAAGAAGAUGGAGACGAGCGGUGAUCGUCAUGUGGUCUUCAGGAUCGAGCUCGAGUACGGUAGUGGCCUGACGCGGAUGAAGUGGAUCAUUCAUCGAGCCUUGAGAGAUUUUGCCAACCUUCACGUUCGAUACAAGCUGCAAAACAGCACAGAAAAGUAUAUCCAGUUCAAAGAGGAUUCGACUCGCGCAAAACUUCCUCACUUUCCUCGAAGUGCAUUUCCGUACCUUCGCGGUGUCCGAGGGCUGGGCAGCGAUGAAGAGGAGGAUGACGAAGCAGACGAACAAAGCGCUCCUGAAGGUGCUCCCGCAAGACCAGGGAAGAAAAGGCAACAGCGGCGACCUUCGUUUGCGAAGCGGCGAAGAUCUAGCAUGCCUGGUGGGGAAACUGGGGCAGGCACCACAGGUGUUGAUGGCCGAGCAGGCAGUGCAGUUGGCAUUGGUGGUAUGAGGAAAGAUACUUACCAUGAGCGCCAGCGAAGAAAGCUUGAACUUUAUCUGCAGCAAAUGAUUCGUUAUCUCAUCUUCCGAGCAGAAAGCAAUCGUCUGUGCAAAUUCCUCGAGCUAUCCGCCCUCGGCGUGCGCUUAGCUGCCGAGUCCAGCUAUCACGGCAAGGAAGGGUUCCUUAUAAUCCAGUCUGGCAAAGGCAUUGACUUCAGGAAAGCCUGGAAACCAGGGAUGGUGACCAGGAGGCACUCGCCCAAAUGGUUCUUGGUCCGACACAGUUACGUGGUCUGCGUCGACUCGCCCGAAGAAAUGAACAUUUACGAUGUCUUCCUCGUGGACUCGGACUUUACGGUCAACACCAAGAGGAAAAGACUACGAGACCAGAAUGCCAAAGAUCUCGCCAAGACCGCAAAGGAUUCGGCCACUCCGCAACAUCAUCUACUGCGGCUCCAGAAUUCAGAGCGCAAAAUGAAGCUGCUGGCAAAGAAUGAGAGACAAUUGCACCAAUUCGAAGAAUCCAUUCGAUUCAUGGCCUCAAACACCAUCUGGUCGAAGAAGAACCGUUUCGACAGCUUUGCCCCUGUCCGUAGCAACGUCUUUGCCCAAUGGCUGGUUGAUGGCCGUGAUUACAUGUGGAAUGUGUCUCGAGCAAUAAGCAUGGCCAGGGACGUAAUUUACAUUCACGAUUGGUGGCUCAGUCCAGAAUUAUACAUGCGACGACCAGCCGCAAUCAGCCAGAAAUGGCGAUUGGAUCGCCUUCUCCAGCGCAAGGCGCAGGAAGGUGUCAAGGUAUUCGUCAUCAUGUACCGAAACAUCAACUCUGCAAUCCCUAUCGAUUCCGAAUACACAAAAUUCUCAUUGCUUGACUUGCAUCCCAAUGUGUUUGUCCAGAGAUCGCCCAACCAGUUCCGGCAGAACACUUUCUUCUGGGCUCACCACGAGAAGAUUUGCAUCAUUGACCACGCGGUAGCAUUUAUGGGUGGAAUAGACCUUUGCUUUGGCCGAUGGGAUACGCCUCAACACCCCGUAGUGGACGACAAGUUGACCGGGUUUGAGCCGUCUGACAUGCCAAAGGAUGCUGACCACUGCCAGUUGUGGCCCGGCAAAGACUAUUCGAACCCUCGUGUCCAGGACUUUUACGCCCUGGACAGACCUUAUGAGGAAAUGUACGACCGAGCCCGGAUCCCUCGAAUGCCCUGGCAUGAUAUUGCCAUGCAGCUUGUUGGGCAGCCGGCGCGUGACCUGACGCGGCACUUUGUCCAGCGGUGGAAUUACAUUCUGCGCCAGCGAAGACCCACACGUCCCACACCGUUCUUGCUUCCGCCGCCGGAUUUCAACGCGGCUGAUUUGGAGGCCUUGGGUCUCCAAGGGACCUGCGAAACCCAGAUUCUUCGCUCAGCAUCCUGGUGGUCAUUGGGAACACCUGACAGGACGGAGCACAGCAUUAUGAAUGCUUAUAUCAAGAUGAUUGAGCAGUCGGACCAUUUUGUCUACAUUGAGAACCAGUUCUUUGUUACCAGCUGUGAAGUCGAAGGCACAAGAAUUGAAAAUCUCAUUGGUGACGCGCUCGUCGAGCGUAUCGUCCGUGCAGACAAGAAUGGAGAGCCCUGGCGCGCAGUUAUUAUCAUCCCGCUCAUGCCGGGUUUCCAGAACACGGUUGACAGCCAAGAUGGCACAAGUGUUCGACUGAUUAUGCAGUGUCAGUACCGCAGCAUCUGCCGCGGUGAAGCAUCAAUCUUUGCCCGGCUUCGAGCGGCUGGAAUUGAGCCGGAGGACUACAUCCAGUUCUACAGUUUACGAAACUGGGGCAAGAUUGGACCGGCCAAGCAGCUUGUCACUGAACAGCUUUACAUUCAUGCCAAGUGUAUGAUUGUAGACGACCGCAUCGCGAUAAUUGGGUCUGCCAACAUCAACGAGCGGUCAAUGCUGGGUUCGCGGGACUCUGAAGUUGCGUGCGUUAUUCGAGACACGGAUAUGCUUUGGUCUCGGAUGGCCGGAGAACCGUACAUGGUUGGACGUUUCCCGCAUACCCUUCGCAUGAGAUUAAUGAGAGAGCACCUGGGACUCGACGUCGACGAGAUUAUGGAAGAGGACCGGCUAGCUGAAACGGAGGACCGCAAGUCUCAAUGGGAGCGUGAAAUGGAUCGAUUCCAUGAUGGGACGGCGGAUUCUAUUGCGUCAAAUUCUACGCGCGAGAACAAAGAGACUAUGGAUAAGCUAGUAGACUCGCGGCACAAGGCUCAAGAUGACAUGCUGGCCAAGAACGAGAAGAUGUUUAGCUUCAAUCAUGACGUUGACUGGGAACAGGAGAACAAUCCCAAUCUUCGGUCGAGCAAGAGGCUCACCGAAGAUCCUCGGGUCCAGGGUAAUCCAGCCCAUGCAAAGGAUGUCCGUGGCGACGGAUUCGACCAUAUGAAUGAGUGCAGCAAGGAAGCAAUAAGCACGGCGCGCGACUCGAUCCACGCUGGUGAUAAUCGAGAGGUCUUGGUGACGAAUGUGGCGGACGAAGGCAAGAGCCGUCGCCCUUCACCACCCAAGCCUCAGACACAUCGUGAACCAUCAAAGACCUCUACAAACAAGGGCUCCGAGAGUUCCACAGGCAAUGCAAGACUCCCACCUCCACUUCUAGUCAGGAGCACGACGGCAGAAUUGGGUCUGCCCUUGCUCUCUCAACUCCCGCCUCUACCUGUAACAGACGACACCGACAUUGGCGGACCUCCUAUCCAGAUAUUCUCCGGCCGUGCUCCAGAGUUGGUCAACCCCUUGGUCGCCGAUAUGCGGCGGCCUCUUGUUGAGCGUGACUGCAUGCGGGACCCACUGAACGAUUCGUUCUUUCUCGAUACAUGGCAUGCCGUUGCCGAAAACAAUACUCGUCUCUACCGCACAGUCUUUCGCUGCAUGCCAGACAAUGAAGUCAAGUCUUGGAAGGAGUAUAAGGAGUAUGCGGCCUACUCGGAGCGCUUUGCUCACGCACAGGGCUUAGGUCGGAGCAAGUCACGACUCGAGCGGGAAAAUGCCAUUAGAGCAAGCGGACCUCCCGGUGCAGGCCACACAGCAGAAAAGAUUGCGUCGCUUGGCCCUAUCGGCGAAAAGGUGCACGACGCAAGCGCGACAUUCCUCGACAAGGUGCCAGGGAAGAAGAACAACCACAACAACGGAGCCUUUAUGUCGGACGUUCGCGAUCUCGCUGCUGCAGGAGACCGAGCACAGGCUGAGCGCGAAGCCCACGGAGCCAGCAAGUCGAGCCUGGUUCCGUCACACUUGGGUGACGGGGAAGUUGCAGACGAAAAGUCGGCUACCUCGAGACCGUCUCAAGACAACCGCGGCGGUGAACCUCCCCAUCGGACAAUUACAAUCAGCGAGAAGCAAGACUUUGAGAAGCCGCGCAAGGCAGCUACAGCGCCAUUGCUCGGGGGCCCGCAUGAACCGAGCGAGGCUAAGCUGAGCCACCAUGCCAGCACCACCAGCGGGACUACUCGACGAAGGCGCCGAGCGACGACACGGAGUUCCAGACGCGAGUUCCAAGCCAGCGAUGACUUGAUUGAUCUGAAGGAUGCCGAGGAGCUCAUGAAGAUGGUCCAAGGCCAUCUCGUCGUGUGGCCAUACGAGUGGCUGGCCCGAGAGGAACAAGGUGGCAAUUGGCUGUACAGUAUUGAUCAACUGGCACCUCUUGAAAUCUAUAAUUAAUGCCGUCAUACAUUUGCGCAUAGGAUAUUCUCCGAUCUCCGUAUACACGGCACAUGAACCUUGUACUAUACAACUAUACGUACUCUUUUCCUUGCCGUCCACCUUUGUUCACGCCGCUGCUUUCCCUCGUGGCAGUUUACAGUUUCAGAAAGGGCGUCAGACACAUUGUCUUGGAUGUCUAUAGGAUUGGGUGGCUCUUGGCUCUCUUUUUGCUGUACACGAUAUCACCACCGAUUCAGCAUCAGUCUUCGUCUUUUUAUCACCUCAAUAUCUUUUGGGUCCGCUACAUAUUCAUGGUCUGCAUUUCGUUCGGCGCUUCGGAAUGGCACAGCACAUGCUCGGCUGGUCUCAUAUCUCGUUACCCUCGCUGUUCUCUGACUCCUUUUACUAUUUUUUCUAUUGCUAUCAAUCUUUAAGAUAUUAAUACCAUUAGUUCUUGAUGUUUCGUUUAGUACUAGGGGCUCAGGCAGCCAUUAUACACUUAUUUGAAGUCG